AUGGCCCCGUCUAUGCAGCUCCACUUCGGGGGCGUUGCUCCUCAAAUACAGAGAUUUUCCCUUGCACACCCUGAUUUCAUGAUCGAUCUUUCUGCACUUAGGCUUUCACAGCUUCGCCACUUAAAGGUGCUGUACUGUGAGCAUCCACUUUCAUCCUGGCUGGAUGCACUGAGCACCAUGCACCUCCUCGAAUCCCUUCAAAUGAUCGACGCCAUUCUCUUUCCCCCAGAAAUAGAGAUGACAUCCGGACUAUCUGUGGCACGCCUGCCAUCCCUUCGAGAGAUACACGUCUUUUCCCGCGGCCUAGUGCAGAUUUGCACUUUCUUUGAUCACAUUAUGCCCGCACCGGGCUGUUGCCUGCAGAUGCAGAUAUCUGUCAUGCCUGAAGGACCCUCUCCCACGUCUGAGCAGCUUACAUUUAUUAACCGUGUUUUGUCUAGAUUUUUAGAAUCAUGGAUCAACACCACCACCCAUGUUGGCCCCUUGGAACUCUCGAGCUUCGAGAGUAAUCUCUAUAUAUCUGCAUCGUCCAGUGAUUCGCGCACACUUUUCAUCAAUAUUAACGGCGUGCCCUCCAUCAUCGCUGCCCUUGAGGCAUUUUCAAGAUGCAAGUUCAGCGACAUCACUUCUCUAUCUUUUUACAGCGAAGUAAAUCCAGCCAAUCAGCACCUCGCCUCGUUCCUCCUCCGACUUACCAAGGUCACGGUCCUGGAAGUUCCGUACCCCUCCUUUGAAGGCCUUACACCAGAAAACCCGGAUAUGUCAGCUAGCCACGUCCCAUUCCCUGACCUCUCUCGUGUCGUUUUAACCAGCCUAGCUCGGCAAGAAUCGCAGCAAUGGCGCGACAUGUGUGUGCGCUUCUUCCGGUGGAGGCACAGCAUGGGAUGUCCUAUCGAGAUUUUUGACCUCACAGAAGCUGCAGAUCGCCUGAAGCUCCUGAAUUUUGCAGCUCUAGACGCAAUUUCGGGAUUGCAAAUCAAAUGGACGGACAACAGUGGAAAUAUCAAAACGUAUCUCUGUGGUUCAGGUAAUGUCAACGUCCUGGAACAUUGGGAUGAAAUCGGAGCCAUGGCGGAUGAGCGAUGA